AUGGUGAAGGUUAAUGUCGCUAGAUAUGAAAAGAAAAGCAACAAGUCCCGAGCUCAACCAUUUCAUAACACCUGCCCUCCACAACCCCCUGACACUAGGGGUUGGAAUAAAACAAUGGCUGGUAGGUCUUUUGUCGAUUCUGUUAUUGGCAGGAGGGAAGAACCUGCAAUCUCACUGGUGAUCCUUAAACGUGUCUUUGUCAUGGAAUCUGAUUCUCUUGUCAUGGGUGAGGUAAAAAACUUUCAACAUCUCAGUAACCUUCCAAAGCUACUCAAUGCUGAUGGUAAGUUACCAUGUCAAGUGUUCUACGCUGGCAGCUUGAGAGUAAUUAUGAAAUUCUCUGUUCACAACGCGGCGACUGUAUAUCUACAGAAUGAGCACACCGGGAACAGAUGGUUCAAAUGGCUCAAACCUGGCAUUGUGGAGGAAUUUCCUUUUGAGAGAAUUGCUUGGGUCAAUUUCAUUUGCCUCCCCAUUCAUCUGAGAUUUGAAGAAAACGUGAACUUGAUUGCUAGUAAAAUUGACAAAGUCAUUGAAACCGAGAGUAGUCAGAAUUGGCACAGCAUUGACCUCACGACUCCUCAUAUAUCUGGCAACCGUUCUCCAAAUAUUAUGAGUAUGAGUCGGAACCAGAGUGAGAGAAUGGAAAGAGAAGGUAUUUCUGAAACCUGGGAUUAUGCAAAUCAUCAGGACAUCGAAGAAGGGGAAAUUAUUUUGGAUUCUAAGAUGAAGAUAAAAAUAGGAUCUGGAGGUGUUGCCCGCGUCUCUUCGUCGCCGAUGGAACCUGAGAUGACGAAGAUUCCUGAUGGUCAAACUCCAAAAUUAAUUACGGAAUUCAAUAUGCCUUGA